GUUGAGUGUAUAACGAGAAUAACAGCAGCUGUAAUCAAAUCCCAUUUUCUUCUUUAUUCCAUCGAUUGAACUACAAUCAAUCGCUAGGGUCAGUACCGUUGGGAAUCUCAGUCUCUCCCAAUCAGCUCGAUAUUGUAUUACUCAAUGCACCUAACAUUUUUGUCAUCAACAAUCGCUAUCGGUUCUCUGAAGAAACUCCAAUUAAGUCCAACCCGCAUUUUAGUUUUCUCAAGAACCCUAACAGUAGAGACAAUCUCGGCACCAGAUGGCGACCAAGAUCCUCUGUAUGCAGACAUACCGAAGCCUGCUAAGAGCAAGUCUGAGAGAAAACCCUACCCAACACCUAUGAAAAUUUUGGUUCAGAGAGCCAAGCAAGAGAGAGAAGCAAGAAAAUUACAACCAUGUAAACUUCUAGAAGAACCACCUGAAAAUGGCCUACUUGUUCCUGAACUGGUUGGUGUUGCUCAUCAAGUUUAUCGAGCUAGGGAGUUGAUAUUAUCGGGUUUAUCAAAGCUUGCAAAUGUUAUUCCAGUUCUUCGAUGCAGCCAUUGCUUUGAGGUUCACAUUGGUCAAGUAGGGCAUGGGAUCAGGAGUUGUACAGGUCCGAAAAGCGGUCUAAGAAACGCUACACACGUGUGGCGAAAAGGAAGAAUUCAUGAUGUAAUGUAUUUUCCCAAAUGCUUCCAUCUUUAUGACCGUGUUGGGAAGCCCAGAAUUAUACACAAUGAGAGUCGUAAAGUUAAACAACUUCCUGCCAUUGUAGAGCUUUGCAUACAAGCGGGGCUGAACCUUGAAAACCACCCUACAAAGAGAAGAACCCGACCCGUAUACAGCAUAGAAGGUAGAAUUGUCGAUUUUGAGACAGAAACAGACUUAGUGGCUUCUGAAGUUACCGGGACUGAUUGUAGUAUAGAUCUUUCUUUGACCAAAGGGUUGACUAUGAGGGAAUUAAGCAUCUUGACACUUGAUUCAUGGUUUGAGAUGAUAACAGGGGCGAAGAAGAUAAUGGAGCGAUACAAAGUGCAUACAUGUGGAUAUUGUCCCGAGGUUCAGGUUGGUCCAAAGGGGCAUAAAGUUAGAAAUUGUAGGGCGUCAAAACAUCAAUCUCGAAAUGGUAUGCAUGCAUGGCAAGAAGCGACGGUUUUUGAUUUGGUGGGACCCAAUUAUGUAUGGCAUGUUGCUGACCUGUCAGGGCCUCCUUUGUCUAAUGAUCUGAAGAGGUAUUAUGGUAAGGCUCCCGCAGUGGUGGAGAUGUGCGUGCAAGCAGGCGCACCUGUUCCGAGUGAAUACAGGAGUAUGAUGAGAUUAGAUGUUGUUCCCCCAUGUCGUGAUGAAUUGGAUCUUGUUACAUGAUGUUUGGUUUUACGUGUUCGUUAAAAAGGUUACCUGAGAAUUCUGACGGGUUAUUCGUCGAUGAGAUACUCAUGAGAUGGGGGAUAAUGUUUACAGAGUGAUCUGCUUUUCAGAAUGUCACGGCUAACCAGCCGAAGAUAGCCGAAAACUCUAUAGUGGGAAAAUCUUUAUUUUGUUAAAAUUCUUUUUUAAUUUAGUAAAAAAUCAAAAUCAAUUAUCUCAUUUAA